AUGGAAGUGAAGAGUCUUAGUACAGAGACUGAUGAUAAUAGCCUUAUCUUUCAAAGUUCGAAUCAGUCUUCGAUUGCACUUUCAACUGAUUAUCGUAGUCGGUUAGCCAAGGCCUACAGUAAUUUUGAAAAAUUAUUGCUUGGCGAUAUACUCUCAGCUAACUUUCGAUAUAACGGCUCACGAGAAUUCCGACAGCCGCAACAACGACCUGCUGGUUUUAUAACCGAAGGUGGAUGGUUUAAUUUGUUUACGGUCACAACGUAUAUGGGUAGUAGUCAAUUACCUAGUGGAGCGCUCGCCAUCAUUUUAAAUCGGAUACUCGAAACGGAAAAGAAUCCUGAUCCUCAUUUCGCUCUGUUCGAAAGUGAUUCAGCAUUAGCAGAUCAACUAUUUAAUUAUACAGAUGUAUAUUCUGCUAUCAGUCGGGUCCGAAGAAGUGUUUAUCAGUCGUUUCAAACUUUUGACAAAGAUUUGAAUCAAGCAUUGAAUCAGUACGGUUUUCACCGAAUCAACUAA